GGUUUUAUCAUCAAUGCCAGAUAUCCCCGAUGAAUCAGAAGACGAGGAAACUGAAGAGGUCAUCGAGAAAUCCAAAAUAGUCGGCAUCGAUGCCCCUUCCGAUGAGUUUGCUUCCCAGAAUCAGACUAAAGAGUCUCGGCUCACAAUUGAUUUUGAAAGAUUCAACCAGCUUGCUUCAAGAAGAAAGGAAGUAUACGAAAAGAAAAAGACGAAGGCCAACCCAGAUCGUAAGAAUAGAAUCUUACAAAGAUUCCUAUCGAAAGAGAAAGCGAAGACGAGACAGAGCCCCAAGCCUCGCACCUUUAAGAUUCCUGGGCAUUGCUCUGCUAAUUACAGAAGUAAUGAUGACAUUCGGAAUGUAGGAAUGGUCGAUGAAACAAAAUAUAAAAACUUCAAAAUGGCCUACAAAGCUAUCUCAAGACGUUUGAUACAGAAUAGUAUAAAACAUGAAACCAGUGUUCCAGCCCUCCUACUUACCAACAAAGAAGUGGGGGACUACAAGAGAUCUCUUGAGCACAAAGCGGCUAGGAAAUCUCCUGCUGCUUCAAAAUCUGUCUAUGAAAGACUUUACAACACAAAUACUAAGAAGAUUUCCAAUUAUGUAGAAAAUCAGGCUAAAGAGCUAAAGGAAAGAGAGCAAAUGGAGAGCUACUUCAAGCCGAAGACCAAUACUUCCAAAUUUGGAACUAGAAGAAGGUCUCAUAAUGACUUCAUCAAUGACAUUACCACUUUUAAUCGUAAUAAGGAAUCCAAGAUCAGGAACAAAGCCCUUAGAAAAGAAAUGGAGGAGAGCAAGAUUGUGAACUCCUUCUUUGAAAGUAAAAAGAGACGCUCAAGAUCACCUAAUUUUUCGAAGAUAAACCAGUUGUAUAACCAGGGUGUCCAGAAGCAGCUGCAAAGGUCCAUCUCUCCAGAGAGCAGUAAGCUCAAUAGAAGUGUUAUACCAAAGAUUAACAAAAGAUCUCACUUGAUGGUCAGGGAUCAGAAUGUAUCUGAGAUACUAUACAGUGAUGCCGUUUCCAGAAAGAAUCGCCUCAUGGAAAGAAGAAAGUCUAGUUCAAGAAGUCAGAAUAAGUCUCCACAAACCUCAAAUGAGCGCAAUAAUACGAAUUACCUGGUGAGCAAGAUUUCUAAAGAGAUGCAAAGCAUCUGCCUUGAAGAAGACUUUGGCACAAGAGACAACAAUCUAGAGUUCACUCAGCUAGUCGUGCUUCUGAUCAGGAUGGAAUAUAUCUCAGAACAAAUCACAGGUAGUGAGAGGGUCCUGGUCAAUAAACUAUGGGAAAUCCUAAGAGGCGAAGAGUUCGGAGGAGUGUCUGCUAGAAACUUCCUGUUCUUCCUCAUUGGAAUCCAUCAACUAAAGAUAGCACAGCUGUAUUUUCCAGAUGCAAAUGGCAAGAAGAGCCCUGAAACCUCUCUACUUGCAACAAAUAUUUCAAAUAGUGAUAUUGAUAUUGAGAAAUCGUACAUAAGAUAUGACCAGGCUAACAACACAGCUGAAGUCCUCAAUGAGUAUGGAAUCCAGGAGAACCCAAAGGAAGGAGAUAUAGGAAUAUUUGAUAAAAACCAUAAAUUCUUCUUCAAAGAUCAGCAAGACCAAAUUGUUGCUUACAAGCUUUUUGAUGAGUUCCUUCAGAGAAAAGCUUCUAAAGCGAAAUGAGCUUAUUUUAUUGGCUCUAAGCAAGGGCCUGUUGAUGAGAGGUUCUCAUAUAAACCAGAGCUAGUAUCCAGGAGUAAUAGAUCAAACUCUAAAAGAAGCUCAAGAGAUUCUAGCAAGCAUAACAAUUCUUUGCUCCAUUCUCAGUCAUUACUUCAAAAAGGAGAGGAGUAUAAAAAGAAAAUUGAACAAAAACAACAGAAAAGGGCUAAAGAGGAGCUUAAAGAAUGCACUUUUAGGCCUCAGACUAAUCCACUUUAUAACAGUAAAUCAAGCAGUCGCUAUGCGUCCCCUCUCCAUCAGGAAAGAGGAGAGGAGACAGACCGAAAUGGCAUAAUCACUACUGAAAUGUUUAAAACUAAUUUUGAACAGUAUAUCAAAGAGAAUUUCGAAUCUAAUAAUAGUGACGAAGACACCACACCUAAGGUAGACGAUCAAGGAAAUUGCUCUAAAAUUUUGCAAGGUAAAGGGAAAGAAGUUCCAGAGACCUUUUUAGGAAAAGAAAAUAAAGCAGAAGGUACUCACGAUGGCCAAAUAAUCACUCCAAAUUUCAGCAUUGAAGAAUCAAUCCAGCCUGAACUUUCAGUUACCAAUUCAUCCCCUCAAGACCCACCCAAAAUAAAAACAUCAAAACUCAAUUCCCCGACCUCUAAAUCACAAAAUCCAAAAACCCAAGAAAUCUCCCAACGAGCUUCUACCCAUCCUCAUCCUCCUACACACCGUGCAGAUCCUCCUAUCCUUUUCCUAGAUGUAAACUUCGGUAACGACAAACUCACCAGAAUCGUCAUGUACAAAGAUGACUCUCCUUCCGAGCUUGCUGAGGCCUUCUGCAAAGAGCAUAACCUAGGAAAUAGCAAGAAGAAAAAGCUUGAAAAUAUUAUCCUGCAGCACCUAGACAACGCUCUUGACCGAAUAGACGAAGAAAGUGAAGAAUGAUAAAUAC